AUGACAAUAAAAAAACAAAAGUUCUUUUUAUAUGAUAACAAUAUUGUAAAGAUAUAUCCUAUUUAUUUACCAGAUGUGACAGACAAGUCCCCUAACGGCGGCAGCAACAAUGGCGGCGGCAAGCAGAGGCGGUCGCGGACCAAUUUCACCCUGGAACAGCUGGGCGAGCUGGAGCGACUGUUCGACGAGACCCACUACCCUGACGCCUUCAUGAGGGAGGAACUCAGCCAGCGACUAGGGCUGAGCGAGGCCAGAGUACAGGUGUGGUUUCAAAACCGAAGAGCAAAAUGUCGAAAACACGAAAGUCAAAUGCAUAAAGGUUUGCUGGUGAGCGGCGGCGGCACCCCGCUGGAGCCGUGUCGCGUGGCUCCAUACGUGUCGGUGCCGCGACUGUCGGCCGUCCCGCGCGCGCCCGCGCCGCCCCUGCCGCCGCUGGCACCGCAUCCACCACCCUCCACGGCCUUCGCGCCCUUCGACUCCGCGCUACUGUCUGCUGCAGCUCAUCAGGUAAUACCUACAGCUGUAUUCAGUAAAGCCGUCGUGUCGUUGGAAGGUUUUAUGACGUGUCAUAUUUCAAUUACUGGAUUUAAGGAAAACUACGCCAGUGCAGCUGCGGCGGCUGCGGCUGCAGCCCUAUGUCCGCCGUACGCCGGGCUGGCAGCGCUAGCGGCGCGGUGCCGGUCGUCCUCCAUCGCCGACCUGCGGCUGAAGGCGCGGCGGCACGCGGCUGCGCUGGCCGCGGCCCGGGCCUCCCCGCCGCCAGCCGCACCGACCGCGCCCACGCCUGUCACAGCACCAGCCGACACAUAG